AUGUUGAGGCCUGCCUUUUUGCCGCAUCUCUUGGCCAUCAUUUUCAUCUCCUUAGCUAGUCCAGUGUUUGGACAGCGUCAUAUCAAAGGCUGCUCAGAUUGGGACUUGCAAAGACAAAUUUGUGUGGAGGCAACUCUAUUCACGAACGGACUAAUCACUGGAACCGUCAUCACUCGUUCAGAAAAUCCCACAAUUGGGUGUGAAGGAGGGGCCAUUGCUGUGGGGAGCGAUCGAACUGGUCAGACGUUGUGGGCUGCUCCUAUCAAAGGGAAGGCUGCGUGUGGCGUACUGGAUCCAUUCUGCCCAAACUCUCAACGAGAUCGCAUAGAAGUGGAUAUUGGCGCUUCCGAAGCACAACGUACCACGAGCGUCAAGCUGUUUUAUGAAUUUGACGAGAAACCAUUCGAAGAGCACUUUGCAACUGCCCAUAGUGGGCGCAGUAACUUUUUCGGCAGUCCGAACGGACUCACGACGCCAGAACCCUGGACGCGCGCUACGUAUGAUGUCACGUAUACAUAUGUCCCGGAUUUCGGCAUGGCUGGGGGAUCUCUGAUUAUCAAGACUCGAGACGCCUUUCGAGUUGUCGACAAAACCAUCACAACUUUCAGUUUACCCAGCAAACUCAUCACUUUUAUCACUCUUCUCAUAUCCUCUUCUUCGCCAAUGUCGACGCCAACCGAAAUGCAAUAUGUCAACCUCGGAAAAUCUGGACUCAAAGUCUCUCGAGUCAUUCUCGGGACCAUGGGGUUCGGGAAAAAAGAGUGGGAGCCUUGGGUCGUCGAGGAGCGUGAAUCCAUCGAUGUUAUCAAGGCUGCAUUCGCCGCAGGAAUCAACACAUUUGAUACUGCCAACGUUUACUCUAACGGUCAUUCGGAGAUCAUUUUAGGAAAAGCGAUCAAGGAGAUUGGCGCACCCCGCGAUUCAUUCGUCAUCAUGACCAAGGUGUACUUUGCCCAUCCUGGUCCAGACAGGCCAGAUGUACAUCCAAUUGCCCAAGGUUUGGAUCUCGACAAGAAUGGGAAACACAUUUUCACUUCCAUCAAAGACUCUUUGAAGCGCCUCGACUUGGAAUACGUCGACGUCCUUCAGUGCCAUCGAUUCGACCCCAACACCCCUAUCGAAGAAACUAUGAAAGCACUUCACGAUGUCGUACAGGCAGGAUAUGCACGCUACAUCGGAAUGAGCAGCUGUUACGCUUAUCAGUUCCAAGCAAUGCAGAACUAUGCAAUCAGCCACAACCUCACUCCCUUCAUCUCCAUGCAAAACCACCAAUCUCUCAUUUAUCGUGAGGAGGAGCGCGAGAUGAAUCCUACUUGCAAGAUGCUCGUCGCUGCCACAUCCGCGCGUGGAGAGGUAGACUGGUAUGGACCUGCUAUGAAAGGCAAUUAUGUCGAGUCGUCAAACGAGAUCAUUCGAAGGGUAGAGAAACUCGCCAAGGAGAAGGGCGUGUCGAUGGCGCAAAUCUCUCUCGCCUGGCUCUUGCACCAGGAUGUCGUUGCAGCUCCUAUCGUCGGAAUGCACAGUGUCGAUAGGGUCCAUGAUAUCGUCGCUCAAAGGCUUGGUCUGUGCUGGGAUUAUACUUCAAUGAGCACGACCGAUGGAUAA